CUGGCAGCGGCGGAGUGGAUCGUGCCACUGUGCCGUCGUCGACCUGAGAGGGCUCAUGCUGGGUGAUGCAUGCUUGGGGUGAACUGUUACAGACAAUCCGAAACCAGGUGGACCACAAAACUCACAGCUUGAGGUUGCAUAGUAGACACGUCCACUCUUCCACUUCCGCAGCUUUAAUUUAUUCGUAACAACGGGACUUCUCUCUGCUCUAAUUGAUUUCCAUCAAGAUCACCAAUGGCUUUGCUUCUUCCGAGCUUUCAAGUGCAACCUCGAAUCCAUCUUACUCUGCCCCGUCAAAAUCCUCCCUUUCUAUUUCAUCAAAACAGAAUUCAAUUCUCUGCUAGCAAUAGGCUCCGAUUUUAUCCUUCUAUAGUUACCCGAAAAGGCAGAGGCAAUUCUUUAUCUCCUCCUAAAUCGGCUUCCAUUAAUGGAUUCUCUGUGUGGAGUACCACAGGAAAGCGUGAAGAUGAAGAGAAGGGUGCUAAUUUUAAUUUUACGGAGACGCUUCAUAGAUGGGUUGUCUUCCUUCGCUCAAUUAUGCCGGGUGGGAGUUGGUGGAGUUUCUCCGACGACAUGGAGGUAGUUAUUACAGCGAAGCCGGUCAGUGUAUUCUCCGCGCUGCGUCGGAUGUGGGAGCUGGUUUCCAAUGAUAAAUUGGUUAUAUCCACUGCUGUUGCUGCCCUAGUUAUUGCAGCGCUCUCUGAGAUAUCAACCCCACAUUUUUUGGCGGCAUCUAUUUUCUCUGCACAGGGUGGUGAGACCAUGGUGUUCCAUCGUAAUGCACGGAUCUUGGUUCUCUUGUGUUUUACUUCAGGAAUAUGCAGUGGCCUGCGUGGUUUCUGCUUCGGCAUUGCUAAUAUGAUCCUGGUUAAGCGUCUGAGGGAAAGACUCUAUUCAGCUCUCCUUUUUCAGGAAAUAUCCUUUUUUGACGCUGAAACAGUGGGUGAUUUGACAAGUAGGCUAGGAGCAGACUGUCAGCAAGUGUCUCGUGUUAUAGGAAAUGAUCUUAAUAUGAUAUUACGCGAUGUUGUCCAGGGGACAGGUGCUCUAAUAUAUUUGCUAUCUUUAUCUUGGCAUCUCACAUUGUUUACAAUGGUGAUCUGCUGUGCUCUAGCAAUAAUUAUGCUGCUUUUUGGCCGGUACAUAAAGAGAGCAGCAAAAUUAACCCAAGAAUUCACUGCUUGUGCCAACGAAGUUGCACAGGAGACAUUUUCUUUGAUGAGAACAAUCCGAGUUUACGGAACAGAGAAACAGGAAUUUGGAAGGUACGAGCAAUGGCUGAUGAAAUUAGCAGAUAUAAGCUUACGACAAAGUGCGGCUUAUGGAUGUUGGAAUACGAGCUUUGGCAUCCUCUACCAUUCAACACAGGUUAUUGCUGUGCUGGUAGGAGGAAUGUCAAUUAUGACUGGUCAUUUAACAGCGGAGCAACUAACAAAGUUUAUAAUGUAUUGUGAAUGGUUAAUCUAUUCAACAUGGCGGAUAGGAGACAAUUUGUCAUCACUGAUGCAGUCUGUUGGGGCAAGUGAAAAAGUCUUCCAGUUGAUGGAUCUUGCACCUGGUGACCAAUUCUUAUCAAAAGGAAUUAAAUUGCAAAGGCUGAUGGGACACAUUGAGUUUAUGGAUGUAUCAUUUCAUUAUCCCUCCAGAGUAAUGGUACCUGUUCUACAACAUUUAAACGUUUCAAUAUGCUCAAGUGAGGUGGUUGCCAUUGUUGGUCUCAGUGGUAGUGGGAAAAGUACAAUAGUUAAUCUCCUGCUACGGUUGUAUGAGCCAACAGAAGGUCAGAUACUAAUUGAUGGUUUCUCUCUGAGAGAAUUGGACAUCAAGUGGCUGAGAGAAAGAAUUGGGUUUGUGGGACAGGAGCCUCCUCUUUUUCGAAUGAAUAUCAUUUCAAAUAUAAGAUAUGGAUGCACUCGAGAUACCAAACAGGAAGACGUAGAAUUGGCUGCUAAGCAGGCCUAUGCUCAUGACUUCAUCUUGUCACUUCCUGAUGGGUAUGAAACUCUUGUUGAUGAUGAUCUGCUCAGUGGAGGACAAAAGCAGCGGAUUGCCAUUGCCAGGGCCAUUCUUAGGGACCCUGAUAUUUUGAUCCUUGAUGAAGCCACAAGUGCAUUGGAUGCAGAGAGUGAAUACUAUGUUAAGGAGGUUCUUCGUGCUGUCAGAAAUGAUUCCAAGGCAAAGAGAACUGUUAUUGUCAUUGCACACAGGCUAUCUACAAUACAAGCUGCCGACAAAAUAGUGGUGAUGGAUGGUGGUCAAGUUGUUGAGAUUGGAAGCCACAGUGAGCUUCUCAAUAGGGAUGGAUUGUAUGCUAGACUCACCAAAAGGCAGACUGAUGCCUUUGCAUGAGCAUGCUCAUGCAGUAGAGUUAUGGAGCUCAGGGUUCGUUCUACAAUUUUUUAAUGACGGAACAACCCACAAAUUCAGACAAUUUUGUUCUGUAUUCCUUCAUUCAUGUGGAUGCAGGGGAUUACAUACACUGGGGAGAGAUGGAGAGAGAGCAUUCCCAAUUUGUAAAGUAUGUGCAUUCUUUGCUAUUCCAUUCUCAAAUACCUCCAAAUACUGCGAGGGUUUUCCUAAAGACGACACAAACAUAAAUUACAUUUUACCAGUCGUCUGAUGUAACUAUAUACAACAUAAUUGGCUUAUUCAUAAUGCAUUGCAUUCCAGUGUA